GGCCCCAGUGGGCACAAGGAAGAGCCGGUGGCUCCCCUACUUCCCCUCAGGGGAAGAUGGGGCAACUAUAGGGCAGGAUCCUCUUCUUACUCUAGCUCAGGCCUCUGGCCAGGCUCCAGCCCAAGGUCAAAGCCAAGGCCAGUGCCCACGUCCAGCUCAAACGACCACUGCUUCUAUGUCGCUGCCUCCUCCACCUGCAGCUCUGGACAUGGCCCCGGUGUCCGGGAUGGCUGACCCUCACCUCUGCACUUUUGACCACCCAAUAGACACCGUUGCUGUCACCAAGAAUCAGUCCCAAAACCCCAAGCUCCAAAAGUGUGACAACCAGUGGACAGCCCGCUUGGAGCCUUCUAAAGUGGGGGUAUCCUUCCAGGACAAAGUGGGCUUCCAGCCUCAGGAGGAGUCUCCCAGCCCCAACCCCCUUCCCAUAAGGACCCCAGACCAUGCCCAGAAGCACAAGGCUACCGAAAAGCAGGUACUACCUGAGCAAACUGACAGCCUGCUGGAGAAGCCCCUGGUGGGACCAUGCAACUCAACUCUGGGCCCAGAAUCCCCACGAGCCCCGAGACCCCAGGAGGGAUCUAACUCUCAGCCAGAUCAGCAGCCCCUAAAUGUUUGCAACAAUACCAAUGCCACAGUGCCGCCGUCUGCCCACCAAGCAGCCUGCCACAGAGAACCCCCCAUCCAGGCUCCCAGGGAAGCCCUACAGAUCCCCACCUCCAAUGCUCCCACCUGUCAGCUCCAGGAAGGUUUAGAAAACCGUGUGUUGGUGUUUGACAUGGCCACAGGAAACAGCAGGAUGGGGCUGUUGUGCCAUGAUCCCCUGGUCUCACGGGCCGUGUUAGUGGGCGUCCGGCCCAACCACCCAUCCAUCUGUGUCCCGGAGAAUAUGCGGUCUUUUGUCAUGCCCACCCACUCCCCUGACAGCAGCCGCCUGGGCUUCUGGUCCACCACACCUGUGCUGUCCAGCCCUGUGCCUUCCAGUCUCUCGUCUGGCAGCUACCGAGAGGUGGCCCUACUUCCCAAGGAGGCCAAGCUCAACAUAGAAUUACAGAACUCCCCUGGGACCGUGACUCCCAUCCGUCUUGGAAUGAUCUCUGGGCCCAUCCCACUGGGGAUGCCGAUGCAGUUUGACGAGAGGGUACUGACCCAUGUCCCCAGUCCUGACUGGCCCAAAUCCGAUGCAGACAAACAUGAAACCAGUCACACCAUCUGGGUGCUCAAUACCUCCAGGAUGCCAGAGGCCUCCACGGUCCAGACCAAGAAACUGCAGUGGAUGAACUCAGAGCAGACUCCACAGCCGCCAACUCCAGCCAAUUCACGGGCGCUGUCCCCGACCCUGUCUCAGGAGGAUGUCAUUAUCGUGCACCCCAAUGAUCCUCCCACUGAAGGUGCUGUGAAGGACCCCCUCACUGGUCAGUUCCCCUUAGCUGAACAGCCACCUCUGGUCCAGAAGACCCUCCCUGCUGGUCAGGCCCCUCUCAUCGAGCAGCCCCCCUCCACCGAGCAGCCCCCUGGUCAGCUCUUCUUCCACACCACACCAACGCAGCCCCUCGCCGCCAAGCAGCCUCCCCUUCCUGGGCAGCUCCCCAUCACUGGGCAGCUGCUUCUCACUCAGCAGGGGAAUCCCAAGGGGCAGCCCCCCCUUUCCAGAGGGCCCCAAGACACUGAGGAGCCCACUCCCUCAAAAGGGCUCCUUAUAACCAAAGAGCCUGGACAGGCCUCCAGCCUGUGUCAGGAAGGUGAGUCCUUGAGCCUGCCUGCUCCUGUGGGGGUACUUCGGGCGCCCCUGGCCCCCGAGGAGGCCUGUUUCUAUGUGAGCAGAGGGGUCAGUGCCGGGGCCACUCAAGUCUCCAACAUGCCCCGACUCGCAUGGCAGCCUGGCAGCUCCCCCAGAGGCCAGGAGGAACACCUUUCCCUGAUCACCUUCAGCACGCCUGGCACAGGCUACAACAUCAUGCCCAUGGCCAUGGUGGGCACCAACUCCCAGAAUGCCCGGCUCAAGAUGAUAGCUGAUGGCAUCACGCGCUCAGCGGUGGCUGCUCGCCUUGGCCUGGUCAACGGAACAUGCAGUGAGCUGGUGUCCACCGGAGAUGCCCUGCCAUCGCCAUCCCCAGGGAUCUGCCGCCACUCCCCGGGCACCUACCAGGACACGGCGGCCGUGGUGAUAGACACAGGCACCGGUUUCACCAAAUGCGGGCUGGCUGGGGAGGACCACGUCCUCAGCCUAGUGCCCUCCCGCGUUCAGCGGCUCCAGCAACCAGGCCAGAGCCAGCCCAGAUACGUGGUCUCCGAAGACCAAGAGGGCUCCUACCCCGUGCUGAACCGAGGCGUGGUUUCCGACUGGGAUGCCCUGGAGGUCUUGUGGCAGCACCUCUUCUACUGCCGGCUGGGCGUGCAGCCUGAGGAGCUGGCUGUGCUUGUGGCAGACUCGCCUGUGUCCCCUCGCACCAACCGGGAGAAGGUCGCCGAGAUCCUCUUUGAGCGUUUCCACGUGCCCGCCAUGCAGACUGUGUGUCAGGCCCUGCUGGCGCUCUAUGCUUAUGGGCGCACCACCGGGCUGGUGCUGGGCAGUGGCUACGGCACCUCCUACGUGACACCCAUCCUCACGGGGAACAUGGCCCCUCUGGACACCUACCGGCUGGACAUGGCAGGUUAUGACCUCACUGAGUACUUUGCUCAGCUGCUACUGGCAGUUGGUCACGCUUCGCCCAAGACGGGGCUGCUCAACCAGAUGAAGGAGGUCAGCUGCUACGUGGCCAUGGACGUGGCAGCUGAGAUGACCGGCCCCCAGGCUCAGGCUGGGGUGGACUUUGUUCUCCCUGACCAGCGGAUCAUCACACUGGGCUCUGAGCGCUUCCGCUGCCCCGAGGCCCUCUUCCAGCCCAGCCUGCUAGGACUCAGCCAGCCGGGCCUCCCCCAGCUGGCCCUCCUGAGCAUCAGCCAGCUGGAGGCCAAGCAACAAGAGCAGUUACUGGCCAACGUGGUGCUGGAUGGGGGCAGCACCCUGCUGAGGGGUUUCCCCGAGCGCCUGAGACAGGAGCUGGGCCCCAGGGCCACUGUGCUGGCCUCUCCCCACCGUGCCCUUGCUGCCUGGCUUGGGGGCUCCAUGCUGGCAUCCCGGGACUCCUUCCAGAGCCUGUGGCUCAGCCGUCGUGAGUACGAGGAGGAAGGCCCGUGGGCCGUCUAUAAGUAUCACCUGUGA